AUGGUGAAGGCUAUCAAAUCUGUUUCCAUCUUUGCCGUUCUCUUCAUCUUCUUCUUGGUUAUCUCCGACGUGCGGGAGAUAGAAGCGCAGGAUAGCAAGUGUUUGAAAGAAUACGGCGGUGAUGUUGGUUUCGGCUUUUGUGCGCCUCGGAUAUUUCCGACCAUUUGUUACACACGCUGCCGUGAGAACAAGGGGGCUAAAGGCGGAAGAUGCCUUUGGGGACAGGGCGGUGCGGUUAAAUGCUUAUGCGACUACUGCGACGAUACGCCGGCCUAA